CAGAAUUCUUUCUAAAGAUGGUGGAAUAAGACGUUUGCUGAGGAUAGUCUUGUUUUCCACAUCUAAAAUUAUCAUAUAGCAAGAUGUCUAACAACAGCAAGAUAGCGUUGCAUUACAAGGCACCUAGUGUGGGUGCAAUGUUUGAACAUGGUAUACCAAGCAUAGAGACACUGCAAUCUGUUAUUAAAGACAUAGACCAGCAGUUGGAUGAUAAUUCUUAUAGCCUGGAAGAGAAAAUGCACACUAUAAUGGGAGAAACCAAUGAUAUGUCUGGUAAUCUGUAUAUUACACCAAGAGAGGCUGUAGAACAACUAAACCAAUGUGCUCUACUAGAAAGAGCUGCUUGUUUGCCACCAGAACCUGAAGAUGUCAAUAAACUUCUUAGAAAAAUUUUACAAACUUUGGAUAAAUAUCCUGGUAAUGAAGAAAGUAUAUUUCAGAAUUUACUGAUGAUGUCAUCACAAGAUGGCAUCGCUAUUCCAAUCCGAGCCAUUCCAGAAACCACUGAUUCUACCGUAUCUAUCAAUGCUGUUACCCACAACUCAGAAGAAAUGAACGAAACCUUAUGGGAUGAAAUACGCUUAAAAUUUCGAAGGUUUUUUUAUGAGGAACUGCAAACGUUUCCACUCACACGUAAUCCAGACAUUGUUGAUGUAAGUCAAAACAAGCGAUGGGAAUAUUUACAAAGCCUUUGUAUCCUAUAUCCACACAAGGAAGUCUGGAAAAGAUAUCGAUCCAUACGUGCUCAACAAUUGGAGUGUAUCAUUAACAAUAAACUUCCAAGACCUGAAACGCAAGAAGAAGAAGGAGAAAUCAAACUACAAACUAUCACACCAGCAUUUCAGGAAGUUACUGAAGUCAUAAGAGGGAUGAUAAGUGAUGACGUUGAGAUUUUGAUGUCAGGGGUAUUCGAAGAUGUUGUCCAGGCUUUUCCAGCAAUCCAAGAACUCUAUUUGGACCGAUUAUCAGAAACUAUUAUUUAUAUCAUCGAUAAAGUUUGGAUUUACUGGUCUAAAGAAAAUGCUGUGGGAGAUGGAAACAAAACAAGGGCUAAUGAUGUUCAUAAAAAUAAAGAUGCUUAUCACAAUAACACUGGUAAAACAUUUGCAGCCAGUGAUGUAGAGUGUCUGGUUUGUCUGAUUUCAUCUACUGCUAGUCUGGAUAGUUACGUAGAUAACUUGUAUAAACAAACUACCUGGAAUCCUAUGCCAGGAGAAAAACCACCAAAACCAAAGAGCAGUUUACGAGGAGUUUUGAAACACAAUCGAGAAAGCAAACAGAUGAAUUAUAGUAAAGAAUACAAUGAAAGUGGCUUUUCCAGUGCAAAGCAAAUACUCUUACCAGAUGCAAUACCACCACCAUUUGGCGUUACCCAAGCUAUGUUAUCAGAUGCAACUCCACCACCCAUAGUUCCAACAUCUCUUAUAAAAAUGAUUAGUCUGGAACGAAGUAAAUGGGAUUGGUGUCGUAGUUAUGAGAAGGUGAUCCCGACCGUCGCCAAAGGUUUGACAUCUAUUGUAGAGAAUGCAUGUCACAAAAUGUUGCGAGAAGAAGCUAAAUAUUAUGAACUCAAGCAUACAUUGGAAACUGAACCAGUUUGUGGAGACCUUGCAGGGGGGAAAAGUGAUUACCCAAGAAGAGUCACGAAGAGCUGUGCCACUGUCAUCAGAACUUUGGAUCGCUUUCUCCCAUUGGCUAUUGCAACUAAUGAGAGUAUUUUUCAGCAAAUCAAAUCAGCUUUUACAGAUGCAGUCAUUGCUAGCUUCAGAUUAUUCUAUGAGAGAAUAACAAAAAUUAAUGGAGACAUAUCCGAAAACUCACCAAUCCAGUGUUUAUAUAUCACCCUAGCAACCACAUCAUUCCUCAAAAACCAUCUUGGUUAUUAUGAAAAAAUACUUGGAGAAGACGCAAGACAUGUUUUAACAAUUAACCAAAGAUUAUACUCUGAGCUGACCGACUUGACAUCUAGGAAUAUCAUGGAAUAUCAGAAUCAUAUUAUUGCCACUGUUGUGCUUCAAGAUGCUGAGAGUCACUAUUGGACUGAUCAGAGGGCAUUUUACGAGGAUGAGCGAUGUUCGUUUGCCGUUCAAAUGUGGAACUAUCACAUGCGAGGAUUACACCAUGAUUUAUUCAGUCACUGUGGACCACAGUUAGCACAAGACAUGUUUCUAUCCAUCUUAAAUGAGUCUCUCACAAUACUAGUACAAAGAUGUAGCAAGGCUAAACCGUCCUAUAACAGGGUCCGUCAGUUACGGUCUGACAUUACAACUAUUCUGCUAUCUACAAGUCACUUUCUAUGGUCCUGUUCCAAUACAGUGUCCAAGUUAUUGGAUCCAGCAUCCAGCAGUACCAAUCAUACCUCGAUUCAUAACUUGUGCUCUUGUCUCCUGUCUACCAUCGUGAUUGUCACCAGUCCACUCAGUGAUAUAUACAAAGCUUACAAGAAAGGAUUCCACAAGAAGAGAUGUUCAAGUGCUAGUAGCUCCUCUGGUGAUAAAGAAGGUUUAACAGCAGGUCACAUGACACAGUGGUUGUCAUGGUUGCAUCAAGGUGUUUUUGAGGGACAGCCAAAAAAUUUGGACAAUGUUCCUGAGAAGAUGGCAUCAUAUAUACUGGUGAAAUUAGUAGCUUGUCAGCCAGUACCAAACUAUGUAUUGGUUUUACAGGCACUAUUGAUGAAGGAUGCCUUUCUUCCGAUGUUCAUUGCCACCCAUGCAGAUCCAACUCUUAGUCAAGCGUCCACUAUAACUUUACAACCUGACAGUGUCAAUCAGGGAUGUAAAGGUGUCUGUUGCCCUGGUGACAACUGUGCAACCUUUGAAAGUCGAGAAAUAUCUGAUGUAGUUCAGCCAUUUGUUGAUGUCUUGGUUUUAUGUAAAAAUCAACCAAUCGCAUUGUCCAAUGUUCUCAUGGCAAUGAUUGAAAAAGAUGAAAAGUGGGAAAUGUUUGAGAGCAGCUGUAUUCCUGGAAAAACCAUGGCUAUUCCUCCAUGGUUGGAGUGUGUUUAUGAAGUGAUAUCACCGUUUAUUGACAGAGUAAUAAAACCUGUUGUGCGAACACUGAUUAUUGAUGGAAACAGUAAAGAGGUUGUUCCUAGUUUCUCAGAAAUUUUAAAAGAAUUACCGUGUGGAUGUAAACCAUCACAUAGCAGGUCUAAACCCACAGGCUCUAAAGAUCCCCUAUUCAGUGCCUUCAGAUGUCUUAUAAGUAAAUUGACAGAAGAAAUUCCCACACUACCAACACCAGUCUGUGUGUUUUUUAAACAGUUACAAAACCGAUUGCAAGAAUUAGGUAUAAAGACAGCGCAUAGUUGUAUCGGACUUCAGAUAAUUGCUAGUUGUUUGUUUAAUAAACUUCAUGAUCGUGAAGGAUUAAUGGAAGUGAUUGGUGAUGACAAUCAAAAUAAUGUUCUUGACAAUUUGCUGCUGAUAUCAGAGUGUAUAUACCAUGUUUUAACCACAGCAACAUACGGUAAUAAAGGAAUAAUGCCAAAGCUCGCUCAUACUUUUCUCAAAGUUUACUGUGACUGGUUGCCAAGGCAAACAGAAAUUAUUAUUGGACAACUCAGAAAUGAGUAA